CCGAUGGCCAUGCAACAGGCCCACAAAAUUCUGAAGGACGUUUGGGGCUUCGAGUCCUUUCGUCUGUCCCAAGAAGCCGUCAUCAAUCGCCUGCUGGUGGAAAAUGAUAAUGCACUAGUGCUGUACCCUACGGGAGGUGGGAAGAGUCUGACAUAUCAAGUCCCUGCACAAUGCUUGGAGGGAUUAACUCUUGUCAUAUCUCCACUCAUCGCGCUCAUGAAAGAUCAAGUCGAUGGUCUGUGUCGGCGCGGUGUCAAGGCCGCGAACUUGGAUAGCACCCUGGAUGUCGCAAGGUCUACAUGGGUGAAGCAAGAAGUGUUAUCUGGCUCAAUGAAGCUCCUUUAUGUUGCUCCUGAGAGGUUAAACAACGAGAGUUUUAUAAACAUGAUGAGUCGAGUGAAAAUUUCGCUGCUAGCGGUGGACGAGGCGCACUGCAUCUCUCAGUGGGGCGCAAGCUUCAGGCCGGAGUAUUUGAAAAUUGCUCGUUUUGCAGAGGAAAUGGAUGUUGAACGCGUUCUGUGCCUGACUGCUACUGCCACUAAGGAAGUAGCCGACGACAUAUGCAAGGCAUUCCUCAUCAAUCCAGCAGGGGGAGUAUUCCGAACGUCUACGUAUCGGUCUAAUCUCGCGUUCCAAGUUCAAGUUGCCGACACUUUGGAUCAGAAAUUGAAUAGUCUUAUUCCUCUUUUGAAGUCGCGGACAGGGCCAGCCAUCGUAUAUGUAACCUUGCAGAAACAAGCGGUAGAGGUCGCGGACUACUUGAGGCCACACGGUUUGGAACCGAUGGUGUAUCAUGCAGGACUGCCUGCCGAAGACCGCGAGCGUGUUCAGAACGCCUUCAUGAGCUCUGAGAAGGGCAUCGUCUGCGCUACGAUAGCUUUUGGCAUGGGUGUUGACUGCCCAAAUAUUCGCCAGGUCGUGCAUCUCUCAAUGCCGAAAACGAUAGAGAACUACAGUCAAGAGGUUGGCCGGGCUGGCCGCGACGGUUUGCCCUCGACAUGUCUCAUGUUCUUGAGUCCAAGCGAUAUCCCCAUUUUGGAGGGUUUUGCACGAGGCGAUACGUGUGCAAAGAAGGACAUGGAACUCUGGUUGCAGGAGGUGGCGCUCAAGCAGCCAGAUACUGACGGCACCAUAAACUUCAACCACUAUAACCAGACAAAGAUAUAUGAUAUUCGUCAAAAUGUCUUGAACCUCCUCUAUGCUCAACUGGAACUCGACUAUAACUAUAUCCGGGCUGUCACUCCUUUUUAUUCUAUUUACGAUAUUUCGAGCAAAACUGCGGACGGCAUGAAGAAAGUCAUGGCGAGUACCAGCCCCGCAGCGAAGGCGAUUCGGACAUAUUGGAUGCCAAAGGGUGGUGGCUAUCAAAUUGACGUGGUUACCGCGGCUAGCUAUUCCAAGCUCGACCGGGCGACACUUGCUCGACAGAUCACCGAUUGGGAGUUUGACGGACAUAUCUUCUCUAAACCGUCGCAAGUUAGGGUGGUAUGUGGCAUUACUUGUAUUGUUGCUCAAAGUAUCCCUCUGACGAGGUCGCAGAGAUACGCUGUUCUGGAACCCAUACCCACUACCACCGCGGAGAUUCAAAACCUCGCCACUCUCAUGUACGACCGCAUGCUCAAACGGGAGGAGGACGCCAUCGAGAAGCUUCGGAAGGUCAUCUCUUUCGCGACGAAUGACGAUUGCCUACCCCAAUCUCUUGCGUCGUACUUCGGCGAAGAGGACGCCGUGCCAGGCGGCUUGUGCGGGAAAUGCACGUUCUGCAAGACUGGAUCUGGCAUCGAGUUUGACCCAGCAGCCGAGGCUAACCCCGAUCCCGCCCAAAUCCGUGCCAUUCUGAACGCCUGCCCCGAUCGCGACGAUCCACGUCUUUUGGCUCGUAUGGCCUUCGGCAUCACUUCACCACGCCUGAUGGUCAGUAAGUUGUCCACAAGCCACCCACUGUUCGGAAGUAUGGGUUCCUGCGACUUCAACGCUCUGGUGGCAGCCUUUGAUGUGGAGUGCAAGAAGGCAGGAUAUGCAAAGUCAGAGACGAGUUUGUCUACACCUUCCUCAUCGUAUGCGAACAAGCGGACGUACUCCCAGACAUCGUCGUACCAGACCACCAAGUCAACUAGGGGUGGAAGAGGAGGCGGUCGCGGAGGCGGUUCCUACAAAAGGGGUCGUGGAAGAUAUUCUUGAGUGGGUGUUGGUCGUUGCUAUCUUACAUACAGGUUUCAAUUGCACACUUUGUACAGCACGCUGUAAUUUCUUGCUUCCCUUAUUGUUAUAUUAUU